AUGAAGAUUUCUGUUUUAGUUGCCCAGGCAUUGGUUGCCUCACAGUUUGUUCCCGGCGUAGCUGCCACUUGGGGAAAAACCCCUGUUACUCAAAAGACCGAGGAUUGUGACACUACUUCAACUUAUCAACCUACACCAACUUACGAAACUACACCUUGUGACACUACUUCAACUUAUCAAACUACUCCACCUUACCAAACUACACCUUGUGAUACUACUUCUGGAUCGUUCCCAACUACCACAAAGGUGUCAGUUCCAGAGAGUGAUACUCCUGCAACAUCGGAAUCGACUUCCUCAAAGCCUGUGACUUCAAAAUCUGAAUCGUGUUCUACAGAGUCUGACUUUGUUCCUCCAAAGUCGGAUACAACUCCUCCAAAGUUUUCUACCACUGAUUGUACCACAACUACUUCAGAAAGCACUGCUGAUACCAGUUCCACAGAGACGUUUCCCACCUUGUGUAUUGAGUCAACGUCUACUUCAACCACUGUUGGAACUACCACAGGAAGCUCGAGUACUACUGUGGUUUCUUCCGUUGAGUCUUCCACAGAGACCUCUGUAGCAGAUACCUCUUCCACAAGAACUUCUACGACUGAAACUCCAACACGGGAAACUUCUGCGGACUCUUCUACCGUCGAAACUUCAACACACGAAACUUCUUCUAUCGAGACUUGCACUACAGAAACUUCUGUAGCAGAGUCUUCAACACAUGGAACUUCUACUGUCGAAACUUCUAGCGUUGAAACUUCUAUUCUCGGAAGUUCUAGUGUUGAAACUUCUACCGUUGAAAGUUCUACUAUCGAAACUACUAGUGUUGAAAGUUCUACUGUCGAAACUUCUACUGUCGAAAGUUCUACUGUUGAAACUUCAACCGUUAAGAGUUCUACUGUCGAAACUUCCACUACGGAAACUUCCACUACAGAACACUCGACAGAAUGUUCCUCGACUAGAACUUCUGUAGCAGAGACUUCCAAAGAAAGUUCUGCUUCUAGCACAAAACUUUCAGUUACUUCUGUUAUCUCCACCGCAGAAUCGUCCAGCUCAGUGGGUCCUCAUUACUGGACAACUACAGAAACCUGUUCAACUUCUACAAUUGUCACUGUAACUUCGUGCGAAGAACAAUGCACUGAAGCUACAUUGACUACUGGUGUUACUGUCGUCACUGAGUCUGAAAUUGUGCACACCACUUACUGUCCAUUGACUUUCACCACUGGAGUCACCGUGAUUACCGAAGGUGAGACUUCUUACACCACUUACUGUCCAAUCACACAAGGUAAGGAAGCCACUGUGGUACCAUCUGGCAUUCCCACCGUGGUUCCUGGAACCUAUGAGUCCACCGUUGUUAUCACCAUCACAUCGUGUGAGGGCAAUAAGUGUGAGCCCGUGCCUGUCACUUCUGUGCAAAAGACUAUUGUUACGGAGACCAUUACGGGAGUUGCACCUGCUACAACACAAACUGCCACAGAAGGAGCUAAAGCUUCACCAAUUGCAACUGAAGCUUCACCAAUUCCGACUAAGGCUUACACACCAAUUGAAGCUUCUGCCUCAAUUCAGUUUGCUGCUCCAGUGCCAGCUCCUGCAAGCACACCUGUCGCUAGCAAAGCUUAUCCAGCUACAGUAGCUGGACAAAGUACUGCAAUUGAGUCCGGUGCUUCCUCUUCUCCAAUCGAGACUGUUGCUGCACCAUCAAUCUCAGAGCAAACUGGUGCCGCUGGAAAAGCAGUGUUGUCUUCUGGAGCCUUCUUGGUUGGAGUGGCUGCGAUGUUGCUCUAA